ACCUGGCUUGGGGGUGUUUUGAAGCUUGUUCAACGUGAUGAGGCUUAGUUUGGCUAUCAUUUUGACUGUUUAUUUGACUGUCCUGGUGUCUUCAGAUUCCGUGGACAAUGUCCGACUGGCGGUCUCCAAAGAGAUCUUGAAUGAGUUUGUCUUUCAAGAAAAAGAAAUCACUAUUCUAUAUACAAUAUAUAAUUUCCAUGAAUCCCGCGCUGCCAAAGAUGUGGAGCUAUUUGAUGUCUUUGCCGAAACAGAAUUUACACUGAUCCAUGGGAGCCCUUCUGCUCGGUGGCCUGUUAUACCUGCCUCCUCGAAUGUCACUCAUGUCUUAAUCCUCAAACCUCAAAUAAAUGGCGUCCAUAAUUUCUCUAGUGCUACAAUUACUUACAAAUCUGGUGAUUUGCAGAGAAGUUCAGUAAGCUUUAACUUUUGUUAGUUUGCGUAUUAUAUUUCUAACUUCCGUAACAUUGUUGUAUAAUUAUCCUCUGUUUAACUGUUUCAUUCGUUUCGAUGUUUGACGCUUCUGAUUGAUGCAUAGAGUAUGUGUCAUCAUCUCGUAGUAUAUGUAAGGUAUUUAGAAAAGUUUUGGCUCUUUGAAAAUGAUUUUUUCCUCAGGACUACAUGUAGUUUCAUGUCGUUCUCGUCGAAAUAUCUAAUAAAAGUUUUUAACAGACGAACAUCCUUGAAAUUACUCGAUAUUGGUUCAUAAGUUUUCAGUAAAACCAAAUCUAAAGAAUCUAGCAAAAAGUAGGGAGUACAUUAAGAACAAAUAUUCUCAUCUUUAAUGUUCGGUUGUAUUACUGGUUACAUGAAAACACUGACGAAGUAUAAAUAUUUACAAACACAAAUCACCCAGACCAAUGUUUAGUAUUAUUAAAACCUAAUUUAGUAUUGUGGCAACACAGUUGAUGUUUUAGGCCCGGUUGUCUAGCUCUGUUAAUGAUCAAACAAACGAACGAUGAAUGAACCACGAGCAUAGAUUCUUCAUUUGAUUUCGUAUGUUUUACCUAUUCUAACCCCAUUUGGAUGACGGCAGUAAUAAAGAAGUAGACACGAGUUUAGUCGGAUGACCCAAUCUGGGCCAUCUUUGGCGCCUUCGUGAUGCAAGUCUGGCUGUAAAAGGUCGGAUCUACAACGCGUCGGUGAGAGCAGUUUUGCUCUAUGCUUGUGAAACCUGGCCUCUCCGAGUUGAGGACGUUAGACGACUCUUUGUGUUCGAUCAUCGCUGUCUCCGAAGGAUUGCUGACAUCCAGUGGCAACACCAUGUUAGUAAGACAGAGGUUCGGCAUCGUGUGUUCGGGCACAGAGACGAUAAUGCAAUUGGUCUCACCAUUUUGAAACACCGACUUCAGUGGUUUGGACAUGUUCUACGAAUGUCGUCCCAGAGAAUUCCACGUCGUGUAUUAUUUGCCGACUCUGGGACUGGUUGGAAAAAGCGGAGAGGUGGUCAGUACGUGACAUGGUGUCGUGGUAUGAAAAAAGGCUGUUCACGACUGGCUUGUGUUGGCCUUUCACGACUCCCUGGCUGGGGUCCUAGAGAUGGUGCAACACAGUGGCUAGGGACGUUAUCAAAAAUGGCUCAGAAUAGAAGCCAGUGGCGAUCCAGCUGUAACCCUUUACUUCAUAAAAAUGGUUAUAUCUUCCUUAACUGAAAGAUUUCUUCUGAUUGUACCUUUCCGUUUCCCCAUUAUUACUAUUAUUAUUAUUUUAUUAUUAUUGCACUGCCAUACACUAAUCUGUUUUUGUUCUUUUUUACGCUCCUUACCUCCUUUUUUUUCUCUUCGAAUCCUCAUUCCUUUUGUGGCGCAUAUAUAUUUGGUGCCCUCUUGUACCAAUAUUUAUGUGUUCAAAUAAAUAAAUUUUAUUUUUUUAUAAAUAAAUAAAUAUAGUCUGAUGGAUUUAUUUCAGGCAUACGUUUACUCGGACAGAUAGAAAGAUGAAAAGCGAAGCGGAGAAGAAUGUACCAACUCAGAAUCUUGCUCAUUACAAGCGUUAAUAUGAUUGAAAAUAGAUAAUAUGUAGUGUCACAAAGAACCAGUAACCGGAUAAAAUAGUAACCGUACUGACGUACACAUGAAAUGUAGCACUACAAGGGCAUAGAUAUAUGAGGGAAUUUCUACUCACUGCCUUCUUGCGGCAGGGUGUUGUUUAUGAAAGUGAAAGGACAAAAAGCGAAUGUCGGGCGCUUUAACUGGGUUGAUGGACACGGAGAGUCCACCUAGGGGAGUUGGAAGACCCUGAUCCCAAAUCAGUGGUUCACAUGAGCUCCAAGAUCCUGAGGGAACAAAUGGCGUAUAAACCAAUUAUUGGUCACCGGCUACCAUGGGACUGCAUCACCUUACGUUGCUUCACUGCCUUGUUGAUUGAACCUUUAAGUCGAAGGCUCCAGAUGUGGCCCGUAAGAAAACCACCUGCUUCGGUUUGGGCACCCGGGCCGUAUCCUAGCCCUCACACAAAUCGAGUGAUUUAUCUGUCGCAUAUCUAUUCGGUGCCUCUUUUUACCAAUGUUUAUGUGUUUAAGUAAUAAAAAAUAAUGUAAGAGGUAUGCGCUGAUAGUCUUAACUUCUUCCUAUGAAAAGAAUAGAUUUAUUAUAUAGGUAAAAGUGAUAAAAUGGUCACAUGGUGUCUGAGUUAUGAAAGACUGUCCGAAAGCUAGGAUAAAUAAUGUGUGGACCAGUAUACUCCAAAAUGCCAUUAAAGGCCUUAUUGUGCUUGGUCAACAAGUAUAGCAUGAAAUAUAUCAAUCUACCGAAGAAAACAGAGUAACUAAGUUUAUCCCCUACUACAUGUAAACAUCUCGCUCAGAUCACAAGAUACUGCCGUAAAGUUAGCUAACAGUAAAGCAACCUCAAACAUACCUCUAGUCUGUUUAGCGCUUGCGUGUUGAGGCACGUAAUGUGAGAGCACUUUAAUAACCAGGACCAGAUCCCGUACCCUUCAUAUUUCUUAAGUUUUCAUCGAAUGUAGAGGGAAAUUGUUCUAAUAGUUACAUUUUUCUUGUGACUGGUUAACCUUUUUUAUGAAGUAAAAUAAUGUUUAUACAUGCUGAAUAAAAACACGCUAUUAUUUUUUUCCUGUAGUUUUUGUAUUCUUCUGCACCUGGUCUACUUACAAUUCACAGACUGAAGGAGUAUAACAAGCGUUUCACUUCUCAUACAGUUAGUAAAAUUUUCACUGGUUGUUAUACAAUAUAUGUUAUGGUCUUUUUGUCUUCAUUUAAUUUGUUAUAAUUUCUCUUAUUAUGACCCAGCUAUUCCUAUUGUUUAGUAAUAUUAGAUACUCUAUAAAUCCCCAAAUCAUAAGAUGGUUGAGCAGGAAUGAAACUAUAUUCCAAAUAACAAGGGUAGAUGGAAGUAAGAAGCACAAUAAGAAAAACAUUAGUAUAUUUAUGGUUUUUACAAGAGAAGACUCCAGAGUCUUCUCCAAAUAUCUACUAGCGCUGAUUGGUUAAGAAACAGCCAAUCAGUGUGUCCCAACAUAAUUCUGCACGUUACGUGCUUUAAUCCAAUCUAUAUUCCGCCAACAAUUUCGUUUAAGAUUAUUCUGUAGGUAACGCAAUAAAAUAUUAUCAUUUUUAAAGCUGUAAAACUUAUGUCCACAGUACAUUAUUACAGUCAUCAAUGAACAUACCGUAUUACAUCUACAAUAUAUUACGCAGUGAAUAAAUGUGCUAAAAAAGUGUAGAAAUGGUGAGACUAUAAUUUCUGUACGACCUUUGAGUGACGUUAACUGACCUUGAGAAUGUCCACCUGCUAGCUAGGACCAAAUGAGUGUUAUAAACUAUGGUGAGGAACUAGAAUUAAGAUUUACUGUUGAUGGUUAGUGUUAGGAAUUAGAUUUAUGGUUUUCAUCACUAAUGGACAUCAGCCAUAAUGCCAAAUUGAUAUUUUGACAAUUGUAUAGAUAAAUUUCGCGUCAAAAUCCAAGACUCGUCAUCUUAUGUCUGACUGGUUCGUCCAUUAAUUAUAGUCUCGUUGUGGAAAUUAAGAACGUUCAGUGUACUCGUUCUAUUUAACAUAAAGUUAAUUCUGAAUUCAUUUGUUUCGAAAGCAAGUAAUUUCAAGGUUCUAUCGUCAUUUUAUUGCAUUAAAAAACUUGAAUUACAGUUGGAAGGAUGUUCACAGAAUAAAAUGAAUUCAUUUUAUCAGUUAAGGUUUAUUCUCAAUCUAACAUUUUAUCACUAUGUGCCAUUCUAAUUCGUUAAUAGAACAAAUCCACUGCGUUCCAAUAACACAAUUUUAUUUGCAUAUUUCAACUAAACAGUUUAUUAAAAGUGUGUUCGUAUGUGACCAGACGGAUUCAUUCUUCAAUUCCACUCGUUCUACCUGGAUUAUAUUUCUUGUAGUUCACUUUCUGCUUUAUUUGAUAUUAUUUUCUCACUUCUAAUCUUGUCAAUUUCCUCUCUUGCUGCGCUAAUGAGAUGUGGCAGCUUGGAUCGAAAUAGAUUCAUACCACGUCCUACGUUAUUUAUGACUGGCUUAUCGACUGAUUAUCUCGGUAUGAGAACUCGUAAUCAUAUGUAAGAAUGAAAUGCUCCGCUUUCUGAUAACACUUUUACACAAGUAGUUAUUCGUCUCAAAAUUUUGCAUCGUUUACCGGGAAUUCUCUAAAAUUAUUUAUUAGAAAAGGUGGUUUCAUUAAUAUACAGAAGUAUUUGUGUUGCUUUUCUUUUCCUUCUUUCAACAGAUUGAGUGGAUUGGUUUCGCUUUGUUUGUUACACCGUGCUUACUGAUACCAUAUAUGCUGUGGCGCUCAAGUGCAUCAAAAUACUAGCUCUUUACAGUACUCUUCUUCAUUUGUAUAUUUCUUCUUACGUUGUAUUUCGUUUCUUUGUAUCCAUUAUAUGUAUGUUAUGUAUUUAAAGAGUAUGAAACGUAUUUGGUAAAUAAAUAGAAAAGCGUAUGCUAGUAAUACUGUGG